CUCAUUGUUCCACGGGGAAUAAUGUCGAUGAGUCGUCAUUGGGGGUUAAUCCCGCGAAUGCUAUCGGUCGCGCAACGUACGUUGCAACGUUAUAUAUGUCCGAGCGAAUAACGCUCACGAUUUACGCUCACCGUAUCUGAGAGACGGUAUUGCAAAAACUGCCGAUUGCCGUUCGCCAAACAAUUUCACGUUUCCUCCUCGUCGUUAGCGCCGUAGCGAACGUAGCCGCCGCGAAAUUUCAUCGCUCUCUCGUAAGUCGAACGCCGCGACGGUCGCCGGUGAAACCGCGAUACCCCCUCGCCGUGUCUCGUUACGUUACGUACAGAGUUUUCACUCGCGAUUAACACGUAAGAAUCAGGAGUAUCGACUGCGGUUGACACAGAUUUACGGAUCUCAUAACGAUCCCGCUGCAUUCGGAAAAUCGGAAAAUUUCGCAGGCGGGGACGAUGACAGAUGAAGACACCCGCGCGUCUCGGAUUACGCUUAUCAGUACGCCGCAUCUUCAAUAAUUAAAUCGCCCGCGUUAGGCCUCUGCGGCAGUCGGCGGAAAUCGACGUAGUAGUCAGGCUGUUGUAGGAUCGCGCUUUUGAUGUAACUUGGCUCGCUUGGGACGCAGCACAAUGAGGCAGACAGUUUUCAAACGGCUUUCAAACGGUUUCGUAGCGCGUUCUUCGGAUCCCCCUCGGCGCGCGCAUUCGCUGGCAAUUUCACUGAAGAUUCGCACGGUCGAACGUGCUAAUACGAAGCGUGAAAACGAGCGCGACGGGGAAACAAGGGCGUGCUGCUCGCAACAUAACCGCGCGGCAAUCUCGUAAUCGUCGAUUGCGCAACCGCGACACGCUGGUGGAAAGAAAGAAAAAAUAGGAGCAAGAGGAAAGCGAAGGAUCCAGCGCGGCCGCAUCGUUGCCGCAGCUCAUUAAGCCCCGUGUUGUUCGACUCGCUUUCUGCGCGAAUCGCGCUGCGAUUUUCGCGUCUCCUUCGACCUCGAAGCCGCCCGGCUUUCCGCCGCUCGCGAUAAAAAUAUCGGUCACAGAGAGUCGUUCGUGUGAACCGUUCCGCAUUGGCGAGAGCCGGCUGGAUUCUGUCACGAGCGAGCGUGCGAUUGUUAGCCGCAAAUUGCACAAGAUGUCUAUCUCGCCGCGGAAAGCCGCGCGCGCGCGCGGGGGCGGGCGUGAAUUUCAAUUAAGUCGAACGAGAAGCGGUUACGAUAAUUGCUCGCUCGGCCGGCUGUGUUGCAGCGCGGAAGUCGCCUGGACUUCUUCUGCUCCGCCGUCGCGUAGACGUCGUCGUCGAAUUAGUGUCGUUCGAACGUUCUCCGCGAAUCCGUCUCCUUCCUCGAACCCGAUCGCGAGUUACGUGUCUCCGGUUAAUGAGCGAAUGAGUGGCGCUAAAGUCACCGCGAUCGCGCAGACUCCUUCGCUCUCUUAUUUGCUUGAUCCUGGACGUGUCGUUGCUUCCGGCCGCUCGCGAUUUCGCAUCUGUGGUGUUUUACUUUCUGGCCGAUUCCAUCUAUUGGAUACUUUCUGCAGGGCUUUAAGCUGAUCGAAUCGCGCGCAGUGAUUGGGACGAAUACGGUGUGUGGUCUUUGGUAUCUUGUUAAUUAGAUGGACGAGAUGCCGAGAUUGUGAGGAAAUACGAAGCAGAGGGGGUGAUACUUUUCAAGUGCGCUUCGCCGAUUUUGACCGGUUUCGCAGACGUUUCGCGGAGCAGCUGCAAGAGACGCGAGCGCGAUAAGCGGAAUAAGAGAGACGCGAAACGAACAUUACAGACCGAACGUCAUGAAAUUUUUGCGAGUCUAAAAUAUCCCCGGAAAUAUCUGGCUCACGACGAAUAGUGUUAUCGAGGAAAUAAAUGUGAACGCGAGUUUCCGAAACGUAAGAAGUCAAGCACCUGCCGGUUACCUCGAUUCGCUCUGCAACACGCGUCAAAAUCGACGAAGUACAUUCCCAACAAUUUCCUGCUCCUAGUUCGAUUUUGUAACCCGGCGCGACACCCGGUGCUUGGCCGUCGCAUUCCGUUCACCACGUUCGUGUGCCUUUCAACGUGACAGCGCGGGAAAGAGAAACGCGAAGGGGAAGUUGACGAGACGAGAGCGGAGGUUUCGGGCCGAGUUUCUGUGCUUGUGCGAGGAGUCUCGGCGCUUUGUCACACUCUACGACUGCCAACUUCGAACGACAGAUCUCGAGAAGAUGCGCCGAGCACGUUGAAGAGUCGGCGAUCUCUUAUUGCCGCGGGAAGAUGCCCUUUCCCGAGUGAAUGACGGCUGGGACGAGACGGGGCGGGCCGCUGAUUCCGCGGAGCGAGCGUUGUUCGUGAAAAGGACAAUGACGGAGAACGUGUAUAUCAUCAGAGUGAAGACGAAGCCGCCGUUGUCGUCCUUGUACCCGUCGGAGCGUCGCUACUCGGCGUCGACGGUAGGCGGCCUGUCGUUGAUUCACUUCGGCCUCGGCGCGCUGUCCCUCCUCUUGGGCACCCUCGCCUUGUCUUUGCAAGGUCCGGUCCUGUUCGUUGCGUGUCUGGUGCCGUUCGUGACGGGCCUCCUCGCUUGGCGGCGUUGGUACAUCGACCGGAACAUCGCGAUUUUCUUCUACGGCAGCCUCUUCUCCCUCGUGAUGGCGACCCUCUGCUUCGUCGUCACGAUCUUCGACGUCGCCGCGACAUCCGGCGCCGGCAGAUCCCUGUGGCCGUUGGAGGAAGUGUUGGACACCGCUCACCCCCAGCAUCCCCCCGAGGAGCCCGCGAACGAAACUCGCGCGGACGACGCCGCACCAUUGUCCAAGAACAACCCGUUCAACGUCAUCAACGAUCCUGGCUUCCGGACAAUCGACGAGAUCAACGUGACCUCUACGAACACCGAGUUCGACGAGCUCGAUGUCCACGACGCUGCCAGAAAUGGCGGCUACGACUUUGGGGCAGAAGCGUCCUUCGCGUUGGAAGAGAAGCUCGCGACGUUGUCGAGGGAAAUUCUCCAGGACGAAGACGCGGCAAAUGGCACGCAGCGAUCAUCCGUGGACUUGAAGAACGAGGAGACUCUUUGGCGCAGCCGCUACGAGAAUCCGUCGCACGCCAAGGUGCUGUUGACGUUGAACGUCCUCGUGGCGUCUCUCCUGGAAGUUUUCUGGUCGCUACUCAGCGCGAAAAUCGCAUUCCGCGGGAUGAUGAACCGCCUGCCGGAGAACAGCAGCGCCGUCGCCAGCUCGAAGACGACGAGACCGGCGUUGCAGAAGAGGAAACCCCCGGCACCCAGACCGGACAUUCUGGAUCACGACCGGCGGCUGUCGGACACUCUACAGAGCUUUACUGGCUUGCAAUGCCUCGCCGGGCCGCGACUACCCUUGCCGGAGUCUAGCAGGGAAUUUCGAGAGAGGGUCGAAAGGUUUCUGGCCAAUCAAGCAACGCACAGAACUGUCGAGAGUGUUUGAAGCCUCUAAUACGGGGUAGAUUAUUUCUCUCUUUGCGACAGACUAAUUAGACUUGGAGUUUCCAGAGAUACCUCUUCUUCUCUCCGAUCCGUUCUUCUCCGAAGACGGUAGGAUAUUUUUAGUCGCGUAAGAAUGACGUCUAUAUUGAUACGAAAUAUUUUUGAUAUUAUAUGACGCGAUAAAUAAUUGAGAAAGCGACUCAUGACGGGAAGAAACCAACACACACGUUCGCAAACUCUUCAGAAUUUCGACGUUCGAAACUUGUCUGACAAAUAUAUAUAUAGUAGUUGGAUGUAUAGAAAUGGUAGAGACAAUCUUUGUAUGCAUGCUAGGUCGACUGUACUAAAACUGUACAUUAUUUUUCCAAGAAUAUUUGAGGUGACACCACCUCAAAUCGAACGUAAAAAUAAUCCCGCGGAAAUCCAGCCGGUAGUCAACUCAUGUCAGCUCAUUUGCUACCAGCGGUUAAAUAUGUGCGACGAAUCGAUCUCUCACGAGGGAACGACGUCGCAGCAAUAAUUUUUCAUACCAGGUCCGCGUAAACAAGUUAAAUCUGCCUCGCAGUGUCGCACUGAAAAAUACAGGGUGAUUCGUGGCGACAGUUCUCCAGACGAACGGUGAGAGACGGGUGGCGCAAUGAAGAUUGCGCGAAUAUCUAAGAAAAGAAACUGGAAGUGUACUGAGACAAACGUUAUUAUUUCUUUCGCGAUCGCUCGCGCGUCGCUGAUUAUUACAUCGUAAUGCUCAGUGCACGCAGCAGGAUCUCCGUUUCGAAUGUAAUUAUCACACGUCGAAUAACUCGCGCGAUGACGCCAACUCGCAUUAUGGCGCAAACAGGAUGGCGAGGCCUCAAUUUUAAAAGAAGCCGCGGUCGUCGUGCCGUGACUGUUCUUCGCAAAAUCAUCCUUUAUUCUCAAUCAUUGUCAAGUACAUUUUAUUCGACGACGCGCCGGACUUGCUGUGACUCGCGGCUCGCGCCCUUAAGGUACACUUUUAUUCACUUACGACGACAUUAAGCUACCGCCCUAAUCCUGACUCUUUGCCGCUUCCGGUGGAUUAUAAAAUAUGCCUUUCAUCUGUAUACGUUACGUUACCUUACGUUCUCGAGCGGCCGAUAACGGAGAAAAUAGACAA